UUUACGUUUUAAAUGCUAUAAACAAAAGAUGGAAAGAAAGAGUGGAAGCAUGAAGCAGAAGGCUGUGUGUUGCUAUGAUGAAAGCGAUAGUGAAGAAGAUAGAGGAGGAUUGGGUGGAAUUUCACUAGAGAAGCUGAGUCUUGGCCCAAAGAAGAAACUUCUUGUGAUUGCCCCAGGAGUUCUAUGUCAUAGGGUCAGGGUAUUCAGUAAAGAAAAGCCUAAAAAUUGCACUCCAGAUGCAACUUAUGGAACCAUUCAAGUUUACAAGAGACCCCACUGUGAAGACUUCUUGAAAUUUUGUUUUGAAAGAUUUGAAGUGGGAAUCUGGUCUACUACGAUUGAGAAGAACUUGAAUAAUACCCUGGAAUGUGUGAUGGGAAGAUUGAAAAGCAAGCUUUUGUUUGUUUGGGGCCAAGAGCAUUGUACUGAUACAGGAUUUAAGUCCUUGGAGAACAGUAACAAGCCAAUGUUUUUGAAGGAAUUGGAGAAACUCUGGGAGAAAAUUAAUAACUCACGCAGGAAGCAAUAUUCUUUAUCAAACACUUUAGUGAUUGACGAUAAGCCUUAUAAGGCACUUCUGAAUCCUCCAAAUACUGCUAUUUUCCUUCAUGAAUACAAGGCUGGCGAAGCAAAUGAUAAUGUUUUAGGUCCAAAAGGCGAGUUUCGGCUAUUCUUGGAUGGCCUAACAGAAGCAGAUGAUGUUCCUACGUAUGUGAAGAAGAACCUCCUUGGAAUUGGACAACCUGCUAUUGGCCCUAGUCAUCCUGAUUGGCGUUACUGCUCCAAGAUUAUUUCGUUUUGGCAAGGAGUAAGGAAAGAUUAGCUGGAAUACAUGGCUGUUCCUAUCAUACAUAUUAUGUAAUAGAUUUCAAAUAAAAUUCUCUUGGAGAUGAAAAUCGUGAGGGAUUUUUUUUUUUUUUCAUAUAUGUGAUUGUCCUUAUUACAAUACAAAUAGAAUUAGCGUCUUUUGGUUUGUCUUUUCAGCCUCCGACUUUGUCAAGUACUACCAACUGAAAUAAAAUUAAGCUCUAAAUCAACGAAUUAAGUACUA